AUGCGAUUCAAUAUGGUCACAAAUCCAGAAGUCCAUGUACUAAUCAUUGGCGCCGGAAUUACUGAUCUAAUUCUGGCACAAUCACUCAGAAAGGCCGGAAUCCGCUACUCCAUCUUCGAGAAAGAAAUCGCCCUGAACUAUCGCAGCAAUGAGUGGACCAUGGCCAUCCACUGGGCCCUGGAUCGUCUGCAGGCCUUGCUCCCUGAGGAGGGGUAUCGAGCUCUGAAUGAGGUCUCCUGCAACCCUGCCAUUCCCAUCGACGCAGGCGGGCGAUAUCCAGUUAUUCAUGGAGAGACCGGGAGCAUUCUGGCCGCCGUUCUCUACGAAAAAGAGCUGAGAGUUCCGCGCAGUAGAAUGCGCGCACUAUACGCAGAGGGCAUACUAGUUCAAUACGGGAAGAAAUUGAUCGACGUUGCAUUUGCCGAGAGAGGUGGCAUGAUGGCCUUCUUUGAAGACGGCACAAUAGAAUCCGGAACGAUUUUUAUAGGCGCGGAUGGACCUCGGUCGACGGUGCGCGAGUUCGCCAUGAAAAGUGUAAAAAAGGCGGCCAGAGCCCAGACUUUAGCCGAGCCUGCUCGGUCCGCAUUCACUUGGCUUCCGGAUGAUACGCGAGCCAAUAAAGCGGAUAUCAGUUUCUGGGUCAGCCAGCCGUGGGAUAACAGAGAUGGGAGAAUAACGCUGGUUAGGGAUGCGGCGCAUCCAAUGCCUCCUUACCGCGGACAGGGCUUGAAUCACUGUAUCUGUGACGUGUCGAAUCUUUUAGAAGGUCUACAGAAUGUAGUUGAUGGCAAGUCGGUCUUCAGCCAUGUGAUCACCGCCUAUGAGAAAGAAAUGGUCCCACGGGGUAGGGAGGAGGUCACUUGCUCGGUUGAGAACGGGUACAUGCUACAUGAUUGGAAGAAAGUGCGAGAGAGCGCGGUAUUUACGAAAGGUUUCAAACCAAUGGAUGGACAUGAUUCUGGAAGACAUGAGGGGACGCAGCCGGGGGAUGCUACUGAUGCUUAG